CUCCUCAUCCAGCUGUUUGAGUUCAUUUCCCGGUCAGCUGAUUCAGACUGAGGAAAGACAAGCGGUCUGCUAGCAUCCAUAAUGACAAUCCUUUCUCAUCGUCCGGACAGCGCUUGAAAUGAGUCAGACAAAUCAGUAGAAGCCACUUAAAACCUUGGAAACCCGCGGACUAAUACCCGAUCCUCUGUGUGUUUGUGUUCACCAAUACCGAGCAUCGGAUCUUGUGGGAAAGCAGCAGAAAUCGAUUAGGUUACCUGAGGCAUUGCACUUCAUCCCUCUCACAGUAUUUGCUUAGAGUUGCAAUCCAUAAAUUGACUGAGAUCCUACCCUGACAUCACACUGUCCACAGAGCCACUGCUUCUCUUCUCUGUUGUUUACUGGAAACCUCCUCUCCUCUCCUGGCCACUGUAAGGCCUUUUUCUGACAGCAGUUCCAGAAAAGGACGCUGCUGAGAAAGCCACAGUGUCAGACUGAACUGGAUUCAAUGAGGGAGCCAGAUCGGGAGGAGCAGCCUGAAGCCAACAUGCCCCCCAAGUUUAAACGACACCUCAACGAUGACGAGGUCACGGGAUCUAUUCGCAGUGAGAGGAGGAACCUGCUGGAAGAAGACUCUGAUGAGGAGGAAGACUUCUUUUUGAGAGGGCCGACAGGACCCAGAUUUGGACCUCAGAAUGACAAAAUCAAGCAGGUGCAGUCACAGGUUGAUGAGGUGAUCGAUGUGAUGCAGGAGAACAUCUCCAAAGUGAUAGAGAGGGGCGAACGUCUCGAUGACCUGCAGGACAAGUCGGAGAGCCUAUCAGACAACGCCUCUGCCUUCAGUAGCCGAGCCAAACAGCUGCACAGGAGGAUGUGGUGGAGAGACAUGAAGAUGAAGAUGAUUAUUGCCUUGGUUGUGGUUGCUCUCCUGCUCAUUAUCAUCAUACCAGUGAUCCUGCGAUAUCGCUAGUGUCUGACGAGGAGAAUGGGGGAGAACCCCCCUCUUCCUCUUCUUCCUCUUUCUCUCUCUCUCUCUCACUCUCUCUGUCCUCUGCACACGGUCCUCCACUCAAGCUGGGGGGUGCCAGCCACCCUCCCUCUCCCUCCUCAGCAUCAGCCUGUGUACCCUCAAGGAUCUGGCGUCAACUUGCCCUUAGUACAGAUCUUACUGUUGGGAUUUGCAUUAAAAUCUGCUGUGAGGUCAGUACUAAGGCCUCGGUUUGAUCCCUGGCUUGAGCCUUUGCUGCCGAAAGGGAACACAGCGGGUAAGAAUUGGGGAGAUAUUUUAAUGCAGUUUGAGAGAAAAACGCUGACUCUCGGCCCUCUAGUCAACGUGAAGGAGUUGUCCAGUCCAUGAUACAUAUCACGUGUGGGGCCCUGGCUUUGCCUUGACAACAGGGAAACUCCAGGUCCUGCAUAUUACAUCAUAUAGCUAGAUAGAUACUGUAAAGGCAGGGAAUCCAUGCCAACUGUCUCUCUUGGUUUAGCUGGUCUGAAUCUGCUGCAGCAGCCUCACAUAAAGAUGCUUUAACAUCUACCAAAUGAACCUCAGAUGUCUACCCAUGAUUCCCUGUGUGCUCUCGUGCUCUGAAACACAGACGAUGAGAACGUUUAAAGGGAACAUUUUGUGAACACGGGCACACAUUUCUCUGUCCGACACGAGGCGAGGGAACAUCUGAGGUUCAUCCGUGCAAGUCAAAGGUGGCUUCUUUGAACCAUCAACAAGGCUUUCUGACAGAAAACUGAUUUCACUUAUCAGCUACAUUUCCUCAUCAGUGCAGAUGAUCGGAAAUGGAAAGGAACGCCAUCUGUUCAAACAACAUCCUGCUUUCUGACAUUAGUCUUACUCCAUAAAUUUCCAUUUCCGCCUGCCUCCUGAUAGCUUGUUCUACUGUACAGCAGGACCAUGGCAAACCAAAACAUCCGGGUUUUGAAUGUCUCCUCAUCUUCCUCCUCAUUGUGCUGAGCUCUGGGCCAGUUUGGUCACGGCUGUCCUACUUUCCUGCUAGUGGCAUUAAACUGUCUCUCACUCUGCAGAUGGUUCUGAUUGUUUUUAAUACCGCUUCUGUCUUUUUUCACUAUUUUUAAGUUCAUAUUUUUGCUGGUUGCUCAAUGUGGUGCUUUGUAUGAAUGCUGGUAUUCCCAUCGCCACUGAAGGGACACUUUAUCUCUCUGUACUGUCGCAUUACGUUUGAAAAGGGGUCAUUUCAGUGAUGCCAGUUUAAAGUCGGGCUGUGAAACAAACAUAGGUGUCAUUGUGUCUUGAUUAAUUAACUGUAUAAUACAAUAGAAUACCACAUUGUCAUUUUAUGUUAUUUUAAUGUAAUUUAUUUUAGUUGUAAAUACCAAUUCUGUAAUGAUGUACAAUAUUCUGGCAUUGCAUUGGAAGACUGUGAUAUAUUGAUCCUUUUUGCUCUGAAAUAAAGUGAUUUUA